AUGGCCAAUCUUUCUGAAAGAGAAGUUUUCAGAAAAACAAUUUAUGCAGAAGCAAGAGGUGAACCUCUUGAAGGACAACAAUGGGUUGCUUGGGUGAUCAAGAAUCGAGCUCGAUUGAAUAGAUCUUAUUGGGGUGGAAGUUCAAUUAAAGGUGUCUGUUUACAUCCUCAGCAAUUUGAAUGUUGGAACGGCAGAUCUGACAUUGAAAUAAAUGAACCAGAGGCAUACGCAAAUAUCUCUCAAUGGGCUGAUAGAAUUUUUGAUGCAGAUAGUAGUCAAGAUCCAACUGGUGGAGCAGAUCAUUACAAUAAUCCAGACAAAGAAGGCUAUCCACCUUGGACUCAAAAUUGCCAAAAACUACGAAAAAUUGAACAUCAUCAAUUCUACAAAGGUCCCUAA